CACAGCAGCGGCUCGAGCUGAAGCCAUGAAGCAGCGCAAAGCCCUGACUCCCGGGAAAGGAUACGGGGGAGCUGCCAGAGGAUUGGAGAGUGACAACUGUAAGACCCUUAUUCAAGAAAGGUUGUAAGGACAGUCCUAGCAACAACAGGCAAGUUAGUUUAACAUCACUAACAGUGACCAAGUCAUUACUCAGUUUUUCAAACCAGAUCCCAAUACAGGAAAGGAUAGAUUAAUUUUGGGCUCACCUCGCAGAGGGGGCACGGAUGGCACCCCGGUAUUACAGAAUGCUGAACCAUUCCACAGCCAUAAGAAACCUUCACUUAAAUCCAAAAGAACCGUGUGUUUGCCCUCGUCACCUCAGAGAAGCCCUGUGCUAGAGGCUUUUAUGAAGGGUGUCUUAAAGUCGGAGAAUAAAGAAAGCAUGGGAGGUGUAGUUAAAUGCCAGGUUACUCAGCAUCCUGGCUCUCCACGAGUGAUAGUGCGAAGACUGUUUUUACCUUCAAGCCAGUACCCCUCUGAUGGUACUAAAGUACAAGAUCAAGGAAAAAGUGUUAAACUGUCUUCUAACUCUGAAGUAACCUCUGCAACACAAGAUUUAAGUUUCAAAUGCGAUACAGGCGAGUAUCGAAGAACUGCCUUGAGGCGUAGCUCUCUACCGAACCAACAGAUCAUGUCACCACCAGCUUCGCUCGAUGUUUUGAAGUAUUCUAAUGGUAGCAACAGUUCAGAGAGUACACCUUGGUACAUUCGACCUCGUUUAUCUCCUAGAAGGCUCCAACAGCAGCAUGGAUUACUCAAUAAUGAUUUUCAGAAUACGCUUCAGGCCUAUAGAAGGGCGCGAGAGCUACGGAAACUCAGGUUGCAAAAAGGAAAGCAUUCUUCGGCCAAUCCUUUUUCAGGAGGCACUAUAAAUCAGGCCAACUUGAAAAGAUCAUAUUCUCUACCAUCAACAUCAUUAACAGGGGGUGACAGUCUUUCUACACAGAAGGAAUCUGUUCUGAAGCUUGUAACAAAAACGCUGCCUUCAGGUUCGCUUGUCCUAGAAAAGAACAUUUGCAGUAAAGAGGCAGUCCGGCGGCACCAUUCUUUCCCUCUGUGUUCUGGUAGGAAAAAUUCAAUGAGUGCCUUAAAAGCCAGCUUUCCUGCAGGCUUGCCUGUUUCACGUUCGAAAGAGAAAAGGAAACGCGAUUCAAUACAUGACGUUCAGAAGAAGAAACGUGUCUCCCUCUCACGACAUUUAGAUGCAACUUUUCAUAAGAAAAGCUGUGAAAGCAGGAUCACUGAUAAAUAUAGCAGUGGUGUGACUGAAACAAAUUGCAAUGGAGUACUUAAAGAUCACAAUAAUGGUAUAUUGGAAAAUGAGGACCCAGCUCUUGAGGAUGAUGAAUUUCCAGAUUCUCACAGUUGCUUACCAUUUGAUUCAUUGCUGGAUGAGGAAAUAUCCAGGCACACUCCUCCAACUUCAUAUGUGAGGUUACCUAUAGAGGAUAAGAGCAAGACUGCCCUAGACAGUGCCAUUUCUUCAAAAGAAAAUCGAUCUGGACUCUUGGGUAGGCACAGUCUGGUACCUAUUGACAGCAAAAGAACACAAAGGCAUGAGUCCAGCUCUUUAACCGUUUUGUCUUUGGAUGAGGAAAGUAGAUCCUUACCCUCUCAAGAGAAGAGACAGUUGGAACGAUGCAGUCCUGCCCGGUUAUCAGACAGCAGUAAAGUACAUGAGAGGAAACUAAGGGACAGUUAUAAUGGCGUGGACAGUGACAGUGAUGUCUCCUGUAAUUUAGACAGUGAUGAAGAAGAUGAAACUUUGAUGGCUUUGGAUGAUCUCCUAACUUUACGUAACAAACCAGUAUCUGCUACACCAGAAAAGCCUGACAUUUCCUUUCAGUUGUCUGCCCCUAACACGCCAACAGCAUGGCUGACCUUAAAAAAUAACAGACAAGCAAAUUAUUCAAACAGCUUUGAUCGCCUGCUUAAAGAAAAACAGCAGUCUGAGGGUCUGGGGGAAGCACUAAAGGACCUGAAGAAAAAGUUGCAAGAUGAACUUCAUGAGGUGCAUGAUGUCAGUUGUCUGUCUGAGGAAGAUGAUGAACAGAGCAUGGGCGAAGACAUGGAUCAGAUUGCAGAGGAGCACAGGGCCUUCUUGAUCAGGUAUUCUGUAAAAUCCGAUGGAAUACCAGACUUACAUCCUGGGGAAAAAAUUUUCAAUGUGUUACAGGCUGGAAAACACUUUAAUCAGCAGGAUCUCAGGUUGACUCAGAGUGAAUUGAGGCCUCAAAAUUUUCUGGAACGGGUUCUGAUCAGUUCAGGAAGCAGCCAGCAGGUAUUUUUAUUCACUAAUGGGAUUGUAAGUCAAACUUAUUACUCAUCGCCAUGCCCACAGCCAGUUUUCAAGUUUUUAUUUAAGAUGAUGACUAUUCAUUCAGAUUACAUUGCUUCAAUGCACAUUUUCAAAGCACUUUGGGACAUCUGUACUAAUGCUGCCAAUAGAAUAGUUAAGGAUGGCACCAGUGAGUUCAGAGUUUGGACUCCAAGUCUCAAGGACAUAGUUGCAGUCUUUCUCAACCUAGGAGCACAGUUUGGCACUUUGUUUCCAUUGAAGCACCUUCAGCCAGACUUCACUGAAGAGGAUAUAUUGUCUGGUCUGCAAAAUAAUAAAGAAAAUUAUCCAAAGGAUGAUGUGCCAGCUUCUCAGAGAGAUCCCAUCUUCAGCUCUCUGCCAGAGUUUGGCAUAAAGAAUGUGGUUAAGUUUCUACUGCUCUGUACUUCCAUUUGCCCUGAAGCAUAUUCUGAUAAAGAAUUAGUGUUGCUGAUAAGUUUGUUGGGCAGAAUCAGCCUUGAACGAGAGCUGCAGCUAACUCCUUUGAAAGAUUUUCAGUGUUUGCUGGACAAUCUUCUUAACAACGUCAGGCAGUGGAGCACAAAGAUGUUCGAGCUCUGCAUGAUUCUAAGUGACUUAUCAGAACAUCAUCAUAAUCUUUUGUACCUGGUUCAGCAGCUGCCAGAUUUCUCUACACGAGGAAGGCAACUAAGAAGGCAUCUUAGCCUGGUGAUAAUUUCAAAACUUCUAGACAAAGGAUGCAUAUAUGUACCAAAGGAUCCAGAUUUGAAGAUCUCUAAUUUGUGUCGGUUCUUGUACAUGAUGAAACCAUCCUCUUUGUUAAAAACCAUUGAAGAAACGAGUAAAUCCAAACAGCAGGGAAAGCGAAAGGAAGCUGCACUUACAGAGCUUGAUCAGCAGGCCUAUUAUUUGUGCUACAGUCUUCUAGUCUUAGCAAAUGAAGUGGUGCACAUAGAACAUAUUCCUUCCAGUCAGCGGAGUCAUCUUAUACAGCUCUGUGCUGAAAUAGAAAAAUAUGUCAAAUGUGACAUAAGAGAGGACCCCAAACUACUUUACCGAAGCAAGGUGAAAGAUUUAGAAGCGAGAACUCAUGCAAAAUGGCAAGAGUUGUUACAACGCUCGCGACCUCUUCAGGGAAAACUUCAUGACUAUUGGGAACCUAUGUCUGAAGAUCGGAAUCACCUUAGUCAGUCCUCUGUGUUUGAAGAGGAGCCAGAACACUACAUGGUUCAAGAAGUUAAUGAUAAUGGUAAAGAUUUGGACAUUGCUUAGUGCAACAAGUAUAGAUUCUUUUUUAAGUUAGGAAGUUGCAAUCCUGUUAUAUAUAAAAAAAAAGAGUUUAGACCUUGAUCAGUUUGUGUUCUGGUUUUUGUUUUUAGACAGGGACCUACACAUGGUUUAGCAUAACUACUAUUCGAAUUUGUUAUAGCAGUUAACGUUUUUGAUAUUUUAGCUGUAUCAAAAGAUUUAUCAAAAAUAUUUUGUAAUAAUGUUAGAGAUCGAGUUUAUUUAUAUAAUUGCAGCCAUGUUUGCAGUGUUUUGUAAUGUCAAUUUUAUUGCUGUACAUAAAAGUUUGCUCCUUUUGUAAUGUUCUCAUUUUUAUUGUACUUGGAUAUUGUAAUAAUUGAAUCUUCAAAAUGUUCUACUUGAAAAUGUCAGCUUUUUUUUGUUUAACUUUAUGCCAUUUGAAACUCAAAUUAAUGGACUGUUUCAUGUGGAAGAUGCAAUGAAUUCUCAAAUCACUAAGGAAGAAAACAACAAAUGACAAGCUGCACAUUUAUUGCAUACUGAUGCUGCGAUUCUCCAAAGCGUGCAGACUCGAGACUGUGCUAAUUGAGUUUGCAAGAAUCUGUGCCCCACUUUUCAUAUUUCAUACACUUUAAAAUGUUCAUGUGGUGUUAAGAUUCUUUAUCUUUUAUUUUUUUCCCUUCCUCUAGACCUCAUUUCCAAUGGAUUUGUCUAUUUGCACUAACAAUGCAGUAAGAUAAUAACAAUCCCAGCCCUAAUUUCUGUGUAUAGAAUAAAAGGCAUGUGAAACUAAUCAAAUGCCAUUAAUGCACCUAAGUGGUUCAGAUGUCUCAAACAGGAAGCAAAGGUCUUGUGUUGUUAAUAUGUGCCACGUGAACCUUGACUGUGUUCCUGUCUUUAAUUCUGUUACUUAACUCUUAAUUUAUGUAUAAGUUGUAAAUUUAUUGCUGCUUCCCAACUUUUUAGGGGCUGCAAACAAAAGAAAAUCUGGUCCUGGGACAAUUCUGUAAGACUGUGUGACUGUUGAAGGAGAGUAUUAUAUGCUUGGUUUUGUUUUGUAGAAAGUGCUGGAUUAUUCACCACCUGUGUAUUUGUCCUUGUUUUCCCUCCAGCUAGUGCAGGGUGGCAGAGUUUGCUUCUCCUAAGCAUUGCAAAACUUUCAACUGGAACAAACUGCCACAGCUUGUGCUUUUAAUACUAAAGUAAAAAGGUGUGAUUGUUUUCUUAGAUCGACUUUUUAAAAAUUGAACCAUCUCAAUGGACUGACCUUGUCUAUCUGCCUACCGUAUCUGAACAUGAGUGGACAUGAUGAUUGGUCACAAGUGCUCCUGUCAGUUACGAAAUUUGUACAAAUGGGAUAUGCCACCUAAUGAAAUGUCAGUUUUCACAUUAUGAAGAAUGCUUUUCCUGAAGCUUUGGUCCAGGUGCUUCUGAGCUACUGACACCAAUCCCUACUUUGGUCUGACAUUGUUGAACUUACGGGUUAGUGGUAUACCAUUGCACAUGGUUGUGGGAGGUGGAUUGCUGUUUAACAUCUCCAUGUGACUGGGUUCCCAGUUUUGGCCAGGCCAACCUGGUUUCUGCCUUACAAUUAAAGAGGAAAGAUGUGUGAACAAAGGCCAAGUUGGCAUGUGUCCUUGCCAACUUAUUGGAGGCCUGUUGUACUUUUGUUUGUCAGGUCUCUUUGCUGCAGCCUAGUAUUGGGGAACCUUUCUUUUCAGAAAUGCUUUUUAUAAAAAAAACACACUCUUGUUCUGCUCCCUGAGACAAGGAGCUGUAAUUGUGAUCUGAAGACAUUUCAUUGGUUGUCCAUCAAGAGAUAUGUAGCUCUGUAGAUUGGAACUAGUCUUGCCAGGCCUUGUUACAUCUACCUGCCAUGGAGAAAACUUGGCAAAAUGUUUCCAUUGAGAGAUAUUGGGAAUGUCUUAAAUGUUUGGCUUUAAACUCAUCUCUAAUUUUGCAUAUAAUUUAUUACUCCAAAUUCAAUAUUUCUGUAGUCCCACAUUUUAGAAUAUUUCUUUGAAAUAAAAUAUUGUUGAUUAAUUAAGUGAAUCUAGCAUUGCCUUUGGUGCACUAUUAAGAUGAGGGGAAAACUGGCUUUCCCAAAGUGUUGAAAUACCCAUUGGUACAAAUAAGUGCUUUUGUGAUCUGGUAUUUCACAUUAACCAAAGAACAUGAUUAAGUUUUUUUACUGCUACUUAAUCUACCUCAGGACAGAACUGAGCAUUAGAUCAGAGCGUUUGUCCUCAGGGCACUUCCUUUUGUAAUUCUGCCACCCUGCACUUUAGGCUUAAGAAAUGUGUAAAAGACUUGAAUUUUUUUCUGCUUUAAGGCAAUUGUGUGAUGCAGAAAAUUUGCAUUUUUUAUUUUUUUUAAAUGAGUCCUUUAUACACAAAACAAUUUUCACGUUAUUUUGGCAAAAUAAAUUUUCUGUACUAUUAAAA